UUUACUCCGCGAGAUAGUUUUUGAGCCGCUCUCGUGAUGUGACGUGUCUCAAGAAGUAGGAACUACUACAUUCCCAGAACUGUGUAAACUGCCCACGUCGAUAGUUUAGCCCGCCUCUUUCAAAAAGAAAAAGAAAAAGAAAGAAAGAAAGAAAGAAAAACACGUCUCGUCCAGCCAGUUUUUCAAGUUUGCGCCGAGUCCCCGGUAGAUACACAGAGAGAGAGACACACACACACACACACACACAGGGAGGGAGAGCAGUCGGUUUGAAACGAACGGACGCUGUGGACAGCAUGAACCAUUAAUCACCGAAUUUUUGGUCUACGGACGUUAAAAUAAUUCGUUUGAGAAAAGUCUUCAACCGUUCAAGAUGAGUCGCCCACGUGUGGACUCCGAGGACUCCCUGACGCCCGAUGAUGAGGUGAUGCCAUACAGUGAUGACGAGACUGAUGACGAGUUGGAACCUGAGGAAGAAGAAGUGGCGCAGCCGAGCGUCCCAGCACCAGAACCCGAAGUAGGAUGGAAGGUCAAGGCAAACGACCGAGAUUUCUGCAGUCUUCCUGAAUUCCAGAAGAAGACGUUUUUGUGCUUCAAGAAGAGCAAGUACUCUGGAAAUUCAAUCAGGACCUAUAAGUACAAUGUUCUCACCUUCCUUCCCCUGAACCUAAUCGAGCAAUUUAAAAGAGCAGCCAACUUCUACUUCCUCAUCUUGUUGAUCCUGCAGAUCAUCCCACAAAUCUCAACGCUGCCCUGGUAUACAACACUGGUGCCCCUGGUGUUGGUGCUUGGCAUCACUGCCAUCAAAGAUCUGAUGGAUGACCUGGCUCGCCACAGGUUGGACAAGGAGAUCAACAACAGAAAGUGUGAGGUGCUUCUCAAUGGCAGCUUUCAGGAAGCCAAGUGGUUGGACAUUCAAGUUGGCGAUGUGGUCCGACUGAGGAAAAACGACUUCAUUCCCGCCGACAUUGUGUUAUUGUCCAGCUCUGAUCCAAACAGCCUGUGUUAUGUCGAGACAGCAGAACUGGAUGGAGAGACUAAUCUGAAGUUUAAGAUGGGUUUGAAGGUGACCCAUGAGAGGCUGCAGGAGGAGAAUCAGCUGGCGAAUUUCGAUGCCAUGAUUAUUUGCGAGGAACCAAAUAACCGCUUGGAUAAGUUUACAGGCACUAUGAGGUGGAAGAACGAGGCAUACCCACUACAACUGGAUAACAUGCUGCUCAGAGGCUGCAAGCUCCGCAACACGGAGGAGUGCCGCGGAAUCGUUAUAUUUGCAGGCGCGGACACUAAGAUUAUGAGGAAUGGUGGAAAGACCAGGUUCAAACGCACCAAGAUAGAUUACCUUAUGAAUUACAUGGUGUACUCGAUCUUCGUGAUGCUGAUCCUGAUCUGUGCCGGCCUGGCGAUCGGGCACACUUUCUGGUACGAGCUAAUCGGCAGUAACGCCUGGUAUCUGUACGACGGCCUAAACCAGUCGUCAUCCUACAGAGGCUUCCUCACCUUCUGGGGCUACAUCAUUGUUCUCAACACUAUGGUACCCAUCUCGCUCUACGUUAGUGUGGAGGUGAUCCGUCUGGGACAGAGCAAGUUCAUAAACUGGGAUCUGCAGAUGUACUACGCUGAGAAUGACACUCCAGCCAAGGCCCGAACCACCACCCUGAACGAGCAGCUCGGCCAGAUAGAGUACAUCUUCUCGGACAAGACGGGCACCCUCACACAAAACAUCAUGGCCUUCAAGAAGUGCACCAUCAGCGGGCGCACAUACGGAAAUCCAACAAACAAAGACGGGGCCGCCCAGGACCGUGCAAAUCUUGUCGACUUCAGCUGGAACAAGUACGCUGACAGAAAGUUCCAAUUCCUCGACAAUCAGCUCGUUUCGCUCAUCCGCUCGAAAAGCGACCCGGACAUGCUGGAGUUCUUCAAGCUGCUCUCGCUUUGCCAUACUGUUAUGGUAGAGCAGAAGGACGGUGAUCUGGUGUACCAGGCUGCGUCUCCAGACGAAGGUGCGUUGGUCACAGCGGCUCGCUGUUUUGGCUUCGUGUUCCUGUCGCGCACGCAGGACACCAUCACCAUCAGCGAGAUGGGAAACGAGGCCACGUACAAUGUGCUCGCUCUCCUUGACUUCAACAGCGACCGAAAACGCAUGUCUGUCAUCUUGAGACUUCCAGAUGGACGCAUCCGCCUGUAUUGUAAGGGAGCCGACACGGUGAUCUACCAGCGUCUCAGUCCUGACUCCCUACACCAAGAGACCACACAGACAGCCCUGGAUAUUUUUGCCAACGAGACUCUGCGGACGUUGUGUCUGUGUUAUAAAGAUAUCAGCGACGAGGAGUUUGAGUUGUGGAAUCAUAAAAACAAGGAGGCCAGCGUGGUCAUGACCAACCGGGAGGAGGCUCAGGACGCCGUCUACGAGCUCAUCGAGACAAACCUGAUGCUGAUUGGAGCGACAGCCAUUGAAGACAAGCUUCAAGAUGGAGUUCCUGAGACCAUCGCCAACCUGGCUAAGGCUGACAUCAAAAUUUGGGUUCUGACUGGGGACAAGAAAGAGACCGCUGAGAACAUUGGAUACUCUUGUGAGCUCCUGACGGAUGACAUGGCCAUUCACUAUGGAGAGGAUGUAAAUCAGAAGUUGUCAGACAGACAGGCAAAGCGGAGGAACGAGGCCGGAGCAACGGGCAAGAACAAGACACAAGAGCUAUUUUUCACUGAACCUGGCAAGAACGCUCUCAUCAUUACGGGAGGCUGGCUGAACGAGAUUCUGUAUGAGAAGAAGAAGAAGCGUCGACGUCUGCGUCUACGUCGUCUCGGGAAACGCACCCCCCCCGCCGACCCUCAGGACGGCCAACCCAUCAACGACUCUGAGAAGGAGAUGAGGCAACGUGAUUUUGUGGACAUGGCCUGCGAGUGCAGCGCUGUCAUCUGCUGCCGUGUCACCCCCAAACAGAAGGCCAACGUGGUGAGUCUGGUGAAGCGCUACAAGAAUGCCGUCACUCUGUCCAUCGGCGACGGAGCCAACGAUGUCAACAUGAUAAAGACUGCAGAUAUUGGCGUGGGCAUCAGCGGGCAGGAAGGCAUGCAGGCAGUGAUGUCCAGUGACUACGCUCUCGCUCAGUUCCGCUACCUCCAGCGCCUCCUGCUGGUGCACGGCCGCUGGUCCUACAUCCGCAUGUGCAAGUUCCUGCGCUUCUUCUUUUACAAGAACUUCGCCUUCACCCUGGUUCACUUCUGGUACUCGUUCUUCAGUGGAUUCUCCGCACAGAUCGCCUACGAAGACUGGUUCAUCACCCUUUACAACGUGUUGUAUAGCAGUUUACCUGUCCUCCUCGUUGGGCUUCUGGAUCAGGAUGUGAACGACAAGCUGAGUUUGCGCUUUCCGGGGUUGUAUCUGCCGGGUCAGCAAGGAUCGCUGUUUAAUUACAGGAACUUCUUCAUCAGCCUGUUUCACGGCCUCUUCACGUCCCUCAUCAUCUUCUUCAUCCCGUACGGUGCUUUCCUGCAGACGAUGGGUCAGGACGGAGAGGCGCCGUCCGAUUACCAGUCCUUGGCCGUGGUCACGUCAUCCUCGCUCAUCAUGAUCGUCAGCCUGCAGAUCUCUUUGGACACCUCGUACUGGACGUUUGUGAACUGCUUUGCCGUUUUGGGCAGUAUAGCCAUUUACUUCGGCGUCAUGUUCGACAUACAGAGCGCAGGAAUACACGUCAUCUUCCCAUCGUACUUCAAAUUCACUGGUGUCGCAGCUAACGCACUUCGCCAGCCAUACCUGUGGCUCACCAUCAUUCUAACGGUGGGAAUCAGCCUCCUGCCAGCCAUCUGUACCCAGUUCCUCUGUAAGACAAUCUGGCCCACAGUCGGAGACAAGGUUCUUAGAAACAGGAAGAAGUACGAGAAGGAGGAAGAGGAAAAGAGGAGGGUUACGACUUUCAAACGCGGCGCUCGCUCACGCCGCUCCGCGUACGCCUUCUCUCACUCCCCAGGUUACGCCGACCUCAUCGCUUCGGGCCGGAGCAUCCGGCAGAAGUCAAAGAGGCGGCCGGAUAUUCGGGAGAGCAUCAGGGAGGAGCCCAUAGCCGAAAGCAUCGGAGACAUUUGACCUCGAGAUUGUUUAGACAGGCAGGAAAGGCUGAAUAUUUUACACCCAAAUGUUUUACAUAUGCAGCUUGAUUAUGGAAUCGAAAUGUUUAAGGAAACACUCACUCAGAGUCUUGGUUUUAAUAAUUCGAAAGGAAAAACGGGCAUGACGCACGAUAAGUUUUGCCACCUGCUGUCUGAAGAGGUUCGAGGUCGUUUUUUUUUCCACCCCUCCAUAUCGACUCUUAAAGCGCUAGUCCAAGGGUUGGGACCACUUGAUCUGCUCCCCUUAUUUCCGUCAAAAAUGAAACCGGGCCCAGUGGAAAGGGAGUAGUGAAGGUCACUUAAGGGCUUGCGGAGCUCUAUAUACAGCAUGAUUUUUGCAUUAGCUAUAAAAGAGCAGAAUGAGCCAAUGAGAAAGUUUACACAAAGGGAAGUGAGUGAGACUUUCUCCCACUCACCACAAAAAAAACCAACACUGGUUUUAAAAAGAAUACACUGUGCAUGAAAAAAACAACUAAAUAUCUCAGGAUUUUAUCUUUCUUGUUUUUUUUGUUUUUUUUUAAAGAAGGUGCAUUUAUAUAGGAAGUCCAUUUAUUAAAAUGAUGGAAAAGAAAAAGAUAAUUGCUAGAGAAAAAAAAGAUCCAUAAUGGUAAUUAUUGGUACAGUUGUUGCAUCAAAAAAUGUAGCUUCAUAUUUCACAGCUUCACACAGCAGAAUGAAUUUACUCAACAUAUUUAUGCCAGAAUGGUAAAUCUUGAUGAAAAAUCACCCAAAUCGUACACGAAAAGAGCCGAAUCUUCUCGAAUUUUAUCUUUGUUCUACCUGAAAUGCUACGAACCUGAUUAUAUAUUGUUACAAAAUCCACUAAUAGGAUAAAAUGUUGUACUGUGCAAAUGUUUUCUACAUAAUGCACCUUUCAAAGCUUAUUUAUCGCCCUUAACUCUGCCUGGAACAUCUUUCUCAGUUGCAACGUAACAUAAGCUUCAUCGGGGCAGAGAAAGGAGCUCAUGUUAUAACGUCUUUUAAUUUAUUUACGUUUGUGAAUAUUUUUCGUCUCUCACAUGAAUCUUAACUGUAAGGCUUGAAUCUUUACCACAUUAAUGCCUUUGCUCUGCGUGAUGGAUUAUGCUCAAGCACCCUUUUUUUUUUUGUUUUAUUUGUUUUUUUUGCAUUAAGGGAUGACUGGGUGUAUGUGGGAUGGAGAACUUCUACAUAAUGUUUACACUACUGUUGCUACUUUUGCACUUCUGUCUCCUCUUGUUGAGAUGAUCAGCUAUGAUCAGAAUGGUGUCAUUUUCUUUACUCACUACGUGACUAGUGUUUGUCGUUUUUAUUUUUCUCCUCUCCUUCAUGUUUGUUUUGUGUCAAACAUUUCCCAUACUUCUGCACCCCAAAAUUCUCUUUAUGAACUAAGAAUUUAUUCAGAUACAGUUAUGAAUAUCUAUGCAUUGGUAAUGGAAUUCGUUAGUUGAGAAAAGUGUCUAUUUUUAACAAAUAAAAAAAGAACUGUUACAUAUUUAAACUCAAUUUGCCAUAAUGGAUGAUUUAUGUGACUUUUUAACACUGCUGUUUUCUGAACAAGAACAAGUGCCUGAAUGGCCAGCAAUGCCAGUGCCGUAUGCGUAAUAAGAAAAACAACUACAUUUUACAGAAUGUCAUUUUUAAUGUAUUGUAAUAUACGUUGUACAAAUAACUAUAAAUAAAGGUGUACAAAUAACUGUA